AUGCGACCUGAUCAAAAGCCAAGUAAAGUAGACACCCUCAAAGCUGCAACCAAAUACACUGGAUUGCUUGUUGCAGUUCUGCAGGACACUGACAGCGAUGAUGGUGAUGAGACUGAUUUCCUAGAGAAUGCAGUCAGUUGUAGCUGGACUGAAGUCUUGAGCGGUGACCUGUGGAGGAUGGAUGACAUGAACAUGAUAGAGGAGCACACAAAAGAUGGGUUCACUUUGCCUCCAAAACCAGUAAGAGAGGAUGGAGACAUGAGCAGACUGGUGCUGCAACAUUGUGGGAUGCCUUUGUACCAGUUCAUCAUCCAAGUGGCACCUGAUCUGGGCUCAUAG